AUGGUUCAGCAGUUGAGUUUAUUUGGAUACAUUAGUGAUGAUGGUUACGAUUUAUUAAUAUCAACGCUGACUACAAUAUCUGGUAAUCCACCGCUAUUAUACAAUAGCCUAUGUACUGUUUGGAAACCAAAUCCAUCUUACGACGUCGAAAAUGUAAAUUCCAGGAAUCAAUUGGUUGAGCCGAAUAGAAUAAAGCUUACCAAAGAAUUGCCAUUUUCCUACUUAAUCAAUGAAACAAUGGUUGGUCAGCCACUGAACUUUAAAAUUUUGAAGUCCUUUACAAACGAUACAAUCUCGCUUAGCUAUGUUAUGACGAGGAAUAUUUUGCAUAAUGAAGUUCUUCACACAAGCAAUGCCAGCACCACCACCGAGAUUAAAAAUGGCAGUGAACAUGCAGGACAAAUUGUAAAUGAAAAUGAUAUCGUGGACGUCGAUAUGGAUGCAAGUUCCACACCUUCAAACAGAUCGUGUUCCCCUUGGUCAUUACAAAUUUCAGAUAUUCCUGCCGCAGGAAAUAAUAGAAGUGUCUCAAUGCAGACGAUUGCCGAGACUAUUAUAUUAUCUUCAGCGGGUGAGAACCCAUCAAUAUCCUCACUCAUGAGCGGAUUCGGAUAUGUAUUUGAGUAUCAAUACCUCACAAUUGGUGUCAAAUUCUUUAUGAGGCAUGGCUUGAUAUUGGAGUUACAAAAAAUCUGGCAAAUACAAGAAGCGGGGAAUUCACAAAUUACCAAUGGAGGAUUCUUAAUAAAGGCAUAUAUUAAUGUUAACAGAGGAACCGAUAUUGAUCGUAUAAAUUAUACAGAGACCGUUCUAAUGAAUUUAAAAAAGGAACUACAAGGUUAUAUAGAACUAAGCGUACCGGAUAGACAAUCAAUGGACUCGAGGGUGGCACAUGGAAACAUUUUGAUAUGA